AUAUAUCGUCAUUUUACUUUUAAAACCUCGUAAGUCCGCUUUUUUCAAAAACGAGAUUUUAGCGAAUAUCGAUUUUAAAUCCAGCUCUACAUCUCCCAGUAUUACCUUUGAAACCUCCUUAUGCUAUAUCGCCAUCUAUGAUUAUUUUUUUAAAACACGCAUGUCAAAAUUGUCUUAAUCUUUUACUUUCAAAUCCUCGUAAGUCUGCAUUUUGUUCGACAACGCCCAACAUUUCAGUUAGUUGUUGUUUCAAUUGAAUAUUUUAAUUCCAAAUCAUGGAAAAUUCAUCCAGUUCUAAGAUUUUGAAAGUAAGUACUUUAAGUGCAAGGAGUAAGCGAAUUCUCUCAUUACUUAACAAAUCCGAAGAAAAUGUGGCUUUACAUGGAUUACAGCCCAAUUCCAUUCAAAGUUUGGAAAAAGAGGAUCCAGAAGAUGGUAUUUUGAUACAGCCUGCUCACAGUUCUAAGGAAAUUUUCAAAGAUAUCAGUCAUAUAGAUCAGAGCUCUAAAGAGAGUGAACAUCUUCAAGUUCUUCUUUGCUCUACUGAGGAAUACGAAGUGGCGGCUGAUGGCACGCUAGCAACAGUAACAAGUCCUUAUGACAAUGAAGCUGGGGAUUUAGAACAUGAUGCAGCGGAAGCAGCAUUAUCUUCUAUAACUAUUGAAAAUAAGGUGGAAAUUCAAAUGGAAGAAGCAAAGAGUAUUCAAGGGGAUGUAGGUACCAAAACACUUGAGAAAAAAACAAGGAAACGCAAAUCCGAUUUUACCAAGUGGGAAAUAAAUGUAAACAAGCAAAAAAGAAUGAAGGGAGAGGAAUACAAAGGGCUUAAGAAGAGUGAUGGAAAAUGGAGUGAUCAACCAAGAAAAGCACGGCAAAUUAAACCUUUUUGCAAUUGCAAGCAUAGCAGAAGCGACACGAAGAUAAAAUGUAAUCUUUUUACAGAAGAGGAACGAUUAAAUAUUUUUAAACGUUUUUGGCAGAAUCUAAACUGGGAACAACGAAAAACCUACGUCAGCAGCUUGGUCGACACUUCUACUCCCAAAGAUAAAAAGAAUUUAAAGAAUGGAGUAUCUCGUCGUGACGUCACGUUUUUAUAUUACCUCAAGAAAAAUGGCAUUAGAGUAAGAGUAUGCAAAAAGAUGUUUAAUAAUACUCUUAAUAUUGGAGAGUGGUCAACACAUAGUUGGGUACUACAAAAACCUAAUAGAAAUUCCAACACUGACGUAGAUAGUGAUCUUGUACCAGCUCAACCCCAGGUUAUCCAAAGAAAAAGCGACAGAUUUUCAUCAAAGAAAGACAAUUUGAAGGAUUUUUUUCACUCCCUUCCUAAGUUAGAGUCGCAUUAUUGUCGAGCAUCUUCACAAAGACUUUACCUAGAGCCAAUUUGGCAAUCAAAACUAGCUUUGUAUGGUGAAUAUGUCAGAUUUUGUCAAAAUAAACAGGUACUCGAGCCUCUAAGUACAAAAGUAUUUUAUGAACAAUUUUAUGAAAAUAAGUUAAGCCUAUAUAGACCCAGAAAAGACCAGUGUGACAUUUGUGUUUCACACAAGUCAGGAAAUAUGACAGAAGAUGACUACUUACGGCAUAUUAACAGGAAAGAUCGAGCUCGCCAAGAAAAAGAUUUUGAUAAAGAAAAUGCCACUCAUAUCUUCACAGUAGACAUGCAAUCCGUUCUCCUGUGCCCAAUGUUAAAGGCUUCAUCAAUUUACUACAAGAAAAAACUCGUUGUCCACAAUUACACAAUUUAUAAUUUAAAGACCAAGGAUGGCUUCUGCUUUUUGUGGCAUGAAGGUGAAGGAGGCGUUACUUCCAAUGAGUUCGCGACAAUUUUGUAUGACUUUAUCGAAAACAAGUCUGAAGUAAAAUCUGGUGAGGAAAUUAUAAUCUUUAGUGAUGGCUGCGGCUAUCAAAAUCGCAAUGUUACCCUUACCAAUGCAUUGCUUCAUUUAUCUAAAAAGAAGAAAAUAACUAUAAUUCAGAAGUAUUUAGUUCCUGGGCACACUCAAAUGGAGUGCGACAGUAUGCACUCCACUAUUGAGCGGAAACUCCGUAAUCAGGAGAUUUAUACACCUGCAGGUUACCUCUCCGCGUGCAAAUCGGCAAGAAGACACCCAAAGCCCUAUUCUGUGGAAUAUCUACGCCAUACGUACUUUAAAGAUUAUUCAAAACUAUCCUUUUUUACUUCAAUUCGUCCAGGAGUAAGAGUUGGAGAUGCAACCGUUAACAACUUGUGUGCCCUUAAGUACACUAAUGAAGGUUUAUUGUACUUUAAAACAAACUUUAACCAUGACUGGUUACAACUUAUAAAAAGAAACAAUAAACAAGUUACUGGCACUGAAGAAAUACCACAACUUUAUAAUGCUCCAUUAGCUAUAAAAAAGUCGAAAUAUGAACAUCUCCAAGAUCUAAAAAAGGAAAUUCCACAUGAUUUUCACCUUUUUUAUGAGACUCUUCAGUACCAAUAA